AUGUGGAUAAAUGGAAUAAACGAUGAAAAUAAAGUUGCCCUAGUGACCUGGGUAAAGGAGACCAAGACUAACCUAGUACAAAUAAAUGGGCAGCGGAUAUAUGGUGGCCCUCCUCCAGGCUGGGUCGGGCAUGCCCCGGGAAGUGGGUCAGAGGUUUUUAUUGGCAAAAUACCACAAGAUCUCUAUGAAGACCAGCUAAUACCAUUGUUUCAACGUGUUGGCAAGCUAUAUGAGUUUAGAUUAAUGAUGACCUUUAGUGGCCUCAAUCGGGGUUUUGCUUAUGCCCGCUAUGUGAGUAAGAGAUAUGCAUUUUCUGCCAUUUCUGCAUUAAAUGGCUUUGAAAUUAAGAGUGGCUGCAGGAUCUUUGUCUGCAGAAGUACAGAAAAGUGUGAGAUCACGCUAGAUGGUCUCCCAUGUCUUCUGGAUAAAGUCAAACUUUUGAGCGCCUUACGUGAGAUGACUUUUGGCGUGGAGGAGGUACUUCUGCACCCGAGCCUCACCAAAAAAGAUGAAAUAAUGGCGGUAGUAAAGUACAACUCGCACAGAGCAGCCGCUCUAGCUAAAAAGAGCCUAAGUGAAGGAUCUCAGCUUCUUGGUGGGCACUCUUUGACUGUGGACUGGCUGAAGUCUGAUAUAAAACAGAAGCUGGAAUCCCCUAGACCUACGCAGUUCAUGGUCGGCUCUCCCUUGUAUGAGCUGAAUCCUGAGAGCUCUGCUACAAACAGCCUGAACAGGCUCUGCCAAAAGUGGCAUCUUGGCCAGCCCCUGUUUCUGAUAAAGUUUCUGAGCAUGAGCUCAUGUGGAUGGCAGCGGUUUUGGUACCGUGUAGUGAUUCCAAACUACAGCACUCCUUUUACUGGCUACGCUUGGCUAAUUGGGGAAAAUCUUAUACCAACUGAAAAACAUGAGAAGGCCAAAGAGGUGGUGGCGCUCAAUAUCUUGGCGAAACUAGGUAAGUUUGUGGUUAAGCCUACUUCCCCAGCCAGUAGACCGCUCCAGAAAUAUCUUGACCCUUCCCCCUAUAGGGUCAGAUUCUUUCCAUAUUAUAAUUGUAGGAACAUUAAGUCUGUAUCCAGCUUGUGA